AGAGAAGUGAGGGCGUGGCCUAGGUUCUCUCAGUCGGACUCGGUAGUACGGAGAUGGCCCACGGGGACUUGGGAUAUACAGAAGGUAUUUAUUCAUGGUAUAUUUGCAUACAUGGGCAGUACUGCGUGUUGGUGUAGAACGCGGUUCCUGUGUUGCCCGCACCUGGCAGCCCUGCCCGUGAUGUGGAGUUGACGUGCCGUCUCGUCUCUUCUGACCCCGUGUGACCUGCGCGUCCCCUGAAGGACUUGUACGACCAGAACCAAAGAAAAUGGUGCAGCUGUACAACUGCCACCCGUACGGCUCUCAGCUGAUUGUGCCGACCAAACAGGUGCCCGAGCUGUUCUGCUGCGGGCGCGACAGUGUGUUUGUAACCUGUGCCGGCGGCUGUAAAGUGGAGGUGUUCACUGUGUCUGGAGACCUGUGCCAACCGCUGUGCAGUUUUAACACCCUGGGCAAAGUGCUGCGCAUGACCUACAGCGACGUAGGGGACUAUUUGGUUACCAUAGAAGAAAAGAAUAAUAUUUCUUACUUGCGUGCUUACAUGAAUUGGAGAUGUCAGGCCACCGGGACCUCCAGAGUCAGUGUGCGGAUGGUUGGCCUUCAAAUGGAAUCCCUUCAUUCGGGGACCUCCAAGGACCAGAUGGAAAUUAUAGAGAUGCCUCUUUCGGAGCCCCCAGUCUGCCUUGCCUGCUGCCCGAUGCGAGGCGACCUUCUUGUUGGCUGUAAGACUAAACUGGUGGUCUUCAGUCUAAAGUAUGUUUCCAUCCAUGACACGACUUUACUAGACUUCGAGCGUUCUCUCAUUUUACACGUUACCGGCAUGGCGAUUUUGCAGGUUAAAUUUUGCGCCGAGUAUGUAAGUAUCUUGUCAGAGCUGGAGGUCUUGAUUGUGAAACUGAUCCCACCAUCAUCUGAAGCUGCUGUCGCUACAUCUCGCAAUCUGGAGACACAGGAGACAUUACCUGACCAAGGUAAUCAGGAUCCCGUCCCCGGAUCAUCUCCUCCACUUCAGCCCGAUGACUUUGUCGUAUGUCAGAGACCCGUCGAACUGACUGGUGAAGAAUGUAAAUCCUGUAACGUGUCGGUGACUCCAGAAUUGACAGGGCUCUCUUCACGUUCCCAGAGCCCUUCUCAAGUGCUUCAUAUAAUGUACAGGCAUUUUGCACCAGACUUCUCUGAAGGCAUAUCUGUGGAAAACACAAGAUUGCAUUCUUUGCAGCUGUUGCCCAUGUAUAAGACAGGAAGGCUUGUUGCAGGGGACCAAACAUCAUCUCCACAACGAGAACUGUUGAGCCUGUUUUGUUUUUUCUCCAUGCCGCACACUGGCUAUUUGUACACCGUUGGAAACGUAGUUGAGCUGAUCUCUGUAUAUCGGUAUCCAGAGAGGUCACAGCAGGCUGUCCUGACGCCGCAGUUUCUGCAUGUGAUCACAAGUAACAACCUGCUGUGUUAUACUGUGAGAUGCAGUGCGGUUGCCGCACGCGACGAGGAUCCGUACAUUGAUACCACUAUGAAGACUUGUCCUCCUGUGUCCCUUGAUGUGUGCACGCUGAGAAUGCAGCUCUUCAUCGGAUUGAAGGCUAUGGAGCACUUUAAAAACUAUAUUAUUAUUUUGACAAAAGCACACUUUGAGGAUGUGACCGAGAAAGGAAGAAAUCCCAAAAGCUCAAAGAAAGCUGGAAGUGUUAAAGGCAAAGUACCCGUGGAGACCGAACCUAACUGGAACCUGUAUGUCGUGAGCACAAUGUCCACCAUCCAGCUCUACAAUGAAAUGGUAGAGUACAGCAAGAAAUACGACACUAUGAAAACACAAAGCAGCAUCCACCUUCUGAGUGAAGCCCAUCUACUGGUGAGAGCCGCUCUAAUGGCGCCCCACUUGGAGGACUCUGCCGAGAAAGCAGAACUAUUGGCCGUGUACAGAGAGAGCUGCGCCAGUCUAGGGCACUGUUAUAGCAGGUUGGACACCAAGUAUUCGCAUCUUGCACUUCCUUAUUUCAAGAUGUCUUGCUUGUCCAUGUCUGAAGUUAUAAACCGAGUUCUCUCCGAUGAACUGCCCCAGGAUCGUGGAAAAGGAUUUAUGUUUUACUUGAAGCAUUCCCUUUUAGAGGAGCUGGAUGAGGAGCUGGGAGAAGAGAUGGCUUUAAAGGUACUGCAGAUCUUUAAUGACACAGAACCAGCUCAGCUGCCCUGUGUGCUCUGUAGCCCCUGCAUGAAAAAUGUGUGUCCCAAGAAAGCAAUAGGCUACCUGGAAAAGGCCGAAUCUGCUUCCAAUUCUGGUCUGGUCUCCCUUACUAAAGCAUCCAUGGCACUGAGGAUGAACGAUCCUGAGACUUGUAAAAAUCAGAUGGACCAGCAGCCAGAGAUGCUGUUACUGUGUGGCUUUAUGAACGAACCAAGGCUGCUUUUGAUACACAGAAAUAAAGAAAUUAUUCCAACUCAGAUGGCAUUUCAUCUAAAGGAGACUCAGCCUGGCUUGUUGGUGGCUUCCAUAGUGGCUUUACAUGAAAACGGCAAGAUAAAGCUGAAAGAUGCUGAGAUCUUUUUUAAGGUGCUGUGCGAGAACAGUAAAGACGAAGAAAACAUUCCCCAAAUGCUUGUAGAUUUUUGGGAAGCACUUCUUUCCACCUAUCCUCCGGAUUCAGUUUUACACGAUAUUCUGUUCAAACUGUCUUCUCGUUAUGUGUGUAGGAUAUGUAAACCCCAGCACAUUUGUGUCAGCCCUCUAAAGAACGCAGAAGACCUUAGAAAUUCGUGCAGCCAUUUUGGGUUAAUAAGCCCUUGGAUCACAAAGAUGGUGGCGUCAGAGUCUACAUCUUGUUAUGAAUGCGGAGACUUGAUAAAACUGCAGUCUCUGCUUUGUGGACCCUCAAUGGAUAUUGGGUCAUUUCUCCCUUUUUUGGAGUUUAUCCCAGAUGAUGACAACACAACUUUAAGCAUUCACAUUAUAUGUGAGACGCGGCUGAUGGAAUAUGAGAAAUCAAUAGACCGACUUCUGGAUCGGUGCCCUGAAGCUGUGAUACAAUAUGCAAGACAUGAGCUAAGGGAUCGGAGCCAGGCGCUAUGGUGGAACAAGAUGCUACCCGAACUUUGCAGCCGUAUUCGAGAGAGUGGAAACAAGAACACCAUAUUUAUCUCCUCGUUGCGAGACACGUUGGAGGUGAUCAGCACGGAGCUCGAACUUCAGGACUUUGUGAAUUUGCUUCCCGACGAUGGCGUGGCUGCGUUUUUCCUACCUUACCUUCUAAACCAAAAUAAAAGAAAGCUGGUUACUUAAAA